AUGUUGCAGGGCAUUUUGGGGUCCGUGCCAAGCACAGGCAUCCGCGAGGCGGAGAAUGUACUUCGGCAGAGUUGGCCAUCGCUUCUAGAGCUGAAGGAUGAGGCGCAGACCCGGUUCUGCGCCGAAGCAGAGUCCUUCCUCAAGGCGCAGCUCACCAAUAGACCAGUGCCGUCCGAUACCUUGGCCAUCUUUACUACAGUCUACGUGACGGCGGUGCACGCCAUCCACUCUGGCCUUGCCGCGCCAAUCCGAUGGACCAAGGCGCAGGACAGCCCCUUCCGUCGGCCGAUGCCGGUUGAGCGCGCGCUGCCUUCAGGCAUGGAGGCCGCACGAAUUGUCGCCAGUGUGUGCGAGCGGCUUCUGCUCGCCAACGCCAAGGUAGCGGGUGCGUACUUCAGCCAGCUGCUGCGUGAAACGGCCAUGGGGGUACCUCUUCUGGCCCUUGUGCUACGUGCGUACGGCGAGGCGGCGGUGGAGGUACUGUCGGCCCAUUCAGAGGGCCCACAGUUCCUCCAAAGCUGCAUCCAUCAUCUCUUUUUGUCAACAUGCAAGUUUACCGUGGCCAUGUCUGGCGAUGCUCUUACUAUCGCCCAUCCAAUCCUCCUGCACGUCGCCCGCGUGAGCGGUCGCACUCAGGACGCGAUGCAGCUCUUGUGCCGUCCGAUCUACUCCGUCAGCCCAAUGCUGACGGGCAUCGGCUUGUCUGACUACGUCGCCUACCAUGCUGAGGCUGCGCUUCUGCUUGCUGCACUCGAGCAGUACGAGAGCGCCAUGUACGCCCUUGUACCAGUGAGCCGGCUCUCUUCAACGCACGGCACACGGGAGGGCAGAAUAGGAAGCCGUGGCGGGGCCGGCGAAGGGGACCUCCCACCGUGGUCAAACGAGGUCGAGGAUGAGGAAGCUGACGUGCGCGAUGCCAUCCCCCGCAGUGGCGGUUGCGCUGCCGACGCCAGCCGGGCUCCCGUCACCGGUGCCGAUAGUGCCCUCCCUGCGCAGCGGUCGGUGGUCCUCUACCCCUGGUAUCGCACGGAGUGCAUCGGGGAGACGCGCAAGUACACUGGCAGCACCGAUGCCAAAGACCGAACCGCUGAGUCAAAUGCCGUUGUGUGGCGUGACGUAUUGGUGCCGUCCGCGAUCGAACGCGAAAUGGAUCGCCGCGCUGUUACGUGGGCAAACCGUUUGGGCAUCGUGCUGCUCGCUGCGGCCUUUGGCGGCGGCAGCCCACGCGGCGUGAUGGCGCUCACAGCGUCGGUUGGGCGGCGUGUCGUGGACGACGAAGAGGCGUCGUCCAUAUGGACUGGCAUGGCGUCGGCGAUCGCUGGCCACGUGUGCUUUCCGCAUCCGCUGUUUCGUCUCCUGGCGGAGACAACUCCCGUGUCUCUCCGCUCCUUCGUGCACGUCGUCACGACCGACAAGACGACGAGUGCGCGGGCCUACGCGGACUUUCUCGUAGCAAUCGCCCGACGCGAUACAAACAAUGCUCAUCAGUGCCUCGGCAAUCCCGCCAAUGUCGCACUAUUUACAGCAGACCUCACGGUGGAUGUGGUCAGGGCAACGGUGCUGCGUGAACUUCCGCGACACAUUCUACUGGAUGUGGCGCGCAUGUACGCUCAUGUGCCGAUGCAAAUGCUGUUGGACCGGUCACAGCCCACACGCACGGCCGCUAAGGCCAACGGCGCAACGCCAUCGAAUGAAAGAGCUGAGGAUGAAGAGAGGCAACGGGAUGCCGCCACUGUGGACAGCAGACACGCGCUUGUGCAGCUGUUGGUCAAGAUGUGCGCCACCGGAGAUUUGGCGUCCUCUCACGUGUGCGUCACUGCAGCUCCCGCUGCUGAUGCGGCCGCGAAGGAACAUGCAACUUUUUACCCCGUCGAAGAGGUGGCCAGGCAGUUGAAUAGCGGCACCGCCUCCUUUUGCGGGUCCACUGCCAGCGUGAAAUGGACGCUGCCGUCCUCAGCAGCGCGCUUGCAGCGCUGUGCUCGAGUUGUGGAGUUCCACAUCCAUCAAUACCCGAGCGCCAACCUCGACACCUCUCUUGUGCCGAUGCUGGCCCAGCUGCAGGAGCUCCAGAGGGUCGUGGAUGCCGACGCCGAAGAAAUUUGUGACAUGGGGAUCGUUUAG